AUUUUUGUACAAGGUGGCGCAACUAUCUCCUCACCCUCUUCUGGCCAAGCUUCACGAACUGUCUGAUCUAACUAGAUCUUCUAAAUAUUGGCAAAUCAAAGAUAUACCCUGCAUUCUUAAAAGUUACCACAAAUUUAUCAAAAUCAAUUCUCCCGUUUUCCAAUGCGCUAAAAAUCCCCUUUUUUCUUGUCUUUAUGAUGUAAUAAUAUUUAAACCUGAGAUAAUCUUGGACUUUGGUAUUUACAAAGAUUCCCCUGCUGCAGACAAACAGUUUAAUAAGGCCUUGGCUAAGGACUGGCAGGGCUGGUUGACUAUGUAUACGGAUGCUUCCAAGCUGGCUGCUGAUGGUUGUGUCGGUGCGGCUGUAUGGAUCCCAAAAUAUGAAAUUAUUCUGAACUGUAAAUGCCCAUCUCAGGCAUCAAUAUUCACAGGAGAAUCUACUGCCCUACUUGAAGCUCUCAGUUAUGUUGAAUCUCACAAACUGAACAAAAGUAUAAUUUUUUCAGACUCAAAAAGCUGUUUACAGGCUAUUCUGGCAAACCAAUUUGUUAGUAAAAGUAAAUUCCAUAAUAUCCUGAAGAUCAAGGAGGUCUUGUAUCAAUGCCAUAGUAAUAACAUUCAGGUUGUAUUGGCGUGGAUUCCAGGUCAUAGCGGGAUCCAAGGCAAUGAAACCGUAGACAUACUGGCGAAAAACGCUAUCCAAACAGGUUGCCUUAAUCAUUAUAGGACAUAUACCUAUGACCUCCUGCCUUUAGCUACCAAUGAUAUGUUUUCCUCAUGGAGCAAUGAGUGGAAUAAAAUCAAGCUUAUCAAGGGCAAGUACUAUGCUGAUAUCCAAAUAAGUAUCCCCAAAAAACCUUGGUUUUUUAACCUUAAAAGAUUCAGUAAAUCUGUAACUUCUACGAUAUGCCGACUUCGCCUUGGUCAUGCCUGCACCCCGGUCCAUCUGGCAAAACUUAGAAUACGGGAUAACUCAAUUUGUGAAUGUGGCCUAGAUGAAGAAUUGGAAUAGACUAAAGAGCAGCGUUAAAUGUUUAAACAUUGGAAAAUAAAUAAAAGUGUAACUCCCAUGACUGACUAGACAUUGGCAAAAUUCUAAAAGAGAAGCCAUCCUUCUUUUUAAAAAUAGAAUAGAA